GUUGUUUAUUCAUUCACGUCAGCCCCUCUCUCCUGCCUUCCCUUCCCUCCUUCCUGCUCCACACAACGGGGACACCUCCGUUUGAAACUGUUUUUUUUCCCCACAUUAAAAUCAACCACAAUCACGUCGCCACCAUAAACCGAUUUUGGAAUCAGGAGGAGGCGAGCCGGCGCCUGGGUAGAUGUGAGCCCAAGGUAAUGGCCAGGCUGGUGGACAUAGGCACACAAACAGAUCCUGUAGUCGUGCUGUCCUUGGCCCAGGCUGCCGUGCUAGGUCUCAUCUCCCAGAAUGAAGUGUUCGGAGCUACUAUUGCACCCAACGGCUUCUACACCGGCGAACCCAAAGAGUCCCCUGCACCACCAGUAGACGGAGUCGACUACGAGUACGCAGACCAGCUUAUCGGAGCCAACGGAGACUACCUUGGAGACAACUUAGGAGAAGACGGACAGAUGCAACCCAGCUGCAGCCAGAGGAGGUGGCAACAGGGGCCGCCUCAACAUCCUGACGCAAAAAUGGUCGUCCCUGACCGCAUCAGUCUCCAGGGCGGUGACGUGCCAUCGUCCCAUGUUAAAGGGGAAGUUGUGAACUCUGGAAUGCCCUCCUGUGUCCACAUGCUGAACAAUAUGGCUCCCCGAGGUGGAUUAGUACAGGUGGAUCCUGCCACCCUCAGAGGCACUAACAAGAACUGUGUAGAGUGUGAGCGCGAAGCCUCCAACCAGCAGCAAGCCAACACACAUGUUCACCCUCCUCCCCCUCAGGUGGGCCACAGAGGAGGAGAGCAGGGUCACAGAGGACUGCAGGCCCAGCGUCCAAUGGUGGCCCAUGGCCGAGGCGGCAGAGAGGAUGAAGAAAACGUGGAGCACCAGGGGAACAGCAUGAUGAAGCCCUCGCAGCAGGAUGAGGCCAUCAGCAGCUACUUCCAGACGAGCGAGGUCGGCAGCUACGAUUCGGGGGAGAUGGGCAUGGGGGGCGAGUACGAAGACAGCAGCCAGAGCAUGAUGUGGAACGAUGGGAGCGGAGGAGGGCAGCACCAGCAGCCUCCGCACCCGCAGCCUCCUCGGCGGCACGGUGGCCGCAGAGUUGACCGGCUGGACAUCAACAUUCAGAUCGAUGAAUCGUACUGUGUGGAUGUGGGAGACGGUCUGAAGCGCUGGAAGUGCCGCAUGUGUGAUAAGUCUUACACCUCCAAGUACAACCUGGUCACGCACAUCCUGGGCCACAACGGCAUCAAACCUCAUGCUUGUCCACACUGUGGGAAGCUCUUCAAGCAGCCAAGCCACCUUCAAACCCAUCUGCUGACCCACCAAGGUACUCGCCCUCACAAGUGCACCGUCUGCAAGAAGGGCUUCACCCAGACGAGCCACCUGAAGAGACACAUGCUCCAACACACCGACGUCAAGCCCUACAGCUGCCGCUUCUGCCGCCGCGGCUUCGCCUACCCCAGCGAGCUGCGGGCGCACGAGGUGAAGCACGAGCGAGGACGAUGUCAUGUCUGCUCGCAGUGCGGCAUGGAGUUCCCCACUUACGCCCACCUCAAGCGCCACCAGACCAGCCACCAGGGCCCCCACACCUUCCAGUGCACCGAGUGCAAUAAGUCGUUUGCUUACCGCAGCCAGCUCCAGAACCACCUGCUGAAGCACCAGAGCCCGAGGCCUUACACCUGCUCCCAGUGUGGCCUGGAGUUUGUGCAGCUUCACCAUCUCCGUCAGCACUCGCUCACUCAUAAGGGAAUGAAAGGCCACAAGUGUGACGUGUGUUCCCGGGAGUUCACCUUGUCUGCCAACCUGAAGAGGCACAUGCUAAUCCACAACAGUGUCAGACCCUUCCAGUGUCACGUCUGCUUCAAGAGCUUCAUCCAGAAGCAGACCCUCAAGACCCACAUGAUCGUCCACCUGCCUGUGAAACCCUUCAAAUGCAAGGUUUGUGGCAAGUCUUUCAACAGAAUGUACAACCUGCUGGGCCACAUGCAUCUCCAUGCUGGCAGUAAGCCCUUCAAGUGUCCUUACUGCACGAGUAAGUUCAACCUGAAAGGAAACCUGAGCAGACACAUGAAGGUCAAACACGGGAUGGAUGUCUCACCGGAAGGACAUGAAGUUCUUCCAGAGAUGGAGAGCCAAGGGGAGUAUGAAGGACAGAACUUCAGCUUUACAUCACCAGACAAUAUGAACAAUGGUGGCUCCCAAAACCUCACCAAACUCACCACAGCAAACAUGGAGGACAUGGAGGAAUAUUACAAUUUUGGGAAGGAUACAAGCAGCUACAGUACCCCCUGAGAAGUGAUGGGACCAGAGUGUUUUUUUUUUAUUGUUAUCAUUUUAAAGGCAGAAGGAAAUUACAGAGUUGUUGUGAAGGCUUUGAGAGACACUGGGGGUUGGGGGGGGGGAGAUUUUCUUUUAGUUUUUGGCCUCCUUCCAGAAGAGCCAGAACUACUGGACUCUGAUGGGAAGCCAGGAAGGAGACGCUCUUCUUCUAAGGAGACGUUUCAGCUCUGGUGCUGAUAGCAGCGGACACUGAAACUCUUGACUUCUUGAGCUCCUUUUUUGGGAUUAGUGCGCUUGCCGACUCAAAGACUCUCACUGGCGGACAGUCGAAUCUUAAUGUUGUGCGUCUGUAUCAGUUAUUUUGAAGAAGAAAAAAAAACAUCAGUUACAUUUGAUGUGAUAAAAAUGUGUUUACCAUUUUGCCAUUUUAUCAUUCACAACCAAUGUAUGCCCUUUUUCUUUUUGACUGAAAGUGCCAGCUAGAAACAUUUGCAACAAAGUUUUUACUGUGUCGGCUAUUUACUCACUGUAUAUCGAACUUUUGAUACAUGGUCACAACAUAUUCAUAGGUUUGAAUGCUCUUACUAAACAGUUUCUAAUUGUAGUAACUCCUUCCUGCCCAGUCCUCAGUUUUGAACAGACUUCCUUCAAUAUGCAUGUGCUUUUAAGCACAGGACAUUGUAGCCUUAUUAUUGAUGGGGCACUUACAAUCUGUCAAAUGUUAGCUAAUAUCUAAAAAACAAAGUUUCAAAACAAUGUUACUGACAUGUAAAACCUUUUCACUGUACAAAGGAUUCUUCAACAUGCAGUGUGUUUACCUCCCACCUCUGCUCCACGUGGUUCAGCCUAACAUCAAUCAUCGAUCUGGUGUAGUAAACAUACCGCUCUUGUUUUGGAAUCACUGAGCGAAAAAUACAAAGCACUUUUUUAUCGAGACCUGACUUCCUUUCUGUCGACCCAUUUGCAUCUGGGUGAAAUAGGAUAGAAUCGUUCAAGCCCCCAUAAAGGCAAUAUAAUAUUAAACACAAACAGAUAUGCUUUCUAAGAAGGUUUGUUUUUGUAACCACUUUCCUUCAUGUUGUUAUUCAGAUCUGUCCGUUCAAAAGCAAAUUGAAGAAGAGCAGUUUGUAUGGACGAUUGUCAGUUCAGGUUUUUUGUUGUGUGUAGUUUGAACACUCUUCAACACAGGGCGGUUUCCAUUUCUCUUCCAGUUCAGUAAAUUCAGUGAGAGAACAAUAAAACAGAGAGAUGUGGAUCAAAUCUGAGCUGUAAGUUUAAAAGAAGAAAAUAAAUAACUUGGAGGUCCUGUUUACAUUCUGAAUGAUUGAACUGAAAGUUGACAACGUCGUAGACUUGUCCUGCUUUUCAUGUUUCUGUUUGGGGAAGACGGUCAGCUUCCCCUGUCCUGCCAUGCGGGUCAGCCUUGUUAUGCACACUAAAUCUGAGGAAUGGGCUUCUUGUUCUUUUUGGAAAGGAGGAAUAUCAAACUGAGACCUCAUGGAAACGAACCAUGAAUUAUUUAAUAAAGGUUCUAUAGUUUAAAAAGAUGAAGACUGCUUUUUUAAAAAUGUUCUGCAGAGUCAGGUAUUUGUGGCCACACUAGUACAUCUCAGUAUGAAGCAAUGAUUUCGGUGAUGGUUUUACAUUUCCUCAAAUGUAAAAAUAAAAAAAGGUAUUUAUUGAACUUUGGUUAAUGACUGACGACUUUCCAAACUGGCUACAAACAAGAAAACACUGGAACGUAACAUCUCUUCAACCAACAUUAGGUCUUGGGCAGAAUGACAUGCAAAGGAAUAAAAUAAGAAAUGUUAACUGUGUAGCAAAAUAAUCACAGAGAUCAUUCACAGCUCAUCAAAAUCACAUGAAAGUGAUCCUUCAUUUCUGUCUUGUGAGUUUCUGAGGCUUGUAGUCGCUGCUCGCUGGAGAUGUGUGAUCCUCCUUGUAAAGCAGUUGGAUUGAUUUUUGCAUCCAGCACACAUCCCACUCAGGAUUCAUUGAUGUACUCCAGCCUUUAAUGCUGAUGACAUUCCCAUCGGCCUCGGCUAUGCUUCUGUUGUUAUUUGCCAACAUUAGCAGGCUAACCUGCUAAACUAAUAUGAAGAAAAUAUUAUAUUACACACCAUGAUUAUGUUAGCAUUGAGUUAAUAGCAACACUUUGCUAACAAGGCUGUAUGCUGUUUCAAAAAACACAUUCAGUUAUACAACCUAAGUAUAUUCAUUAGUUACAGCCUAUCAGGCAAGUUUAAACACUCCCCAAAGUUAAUGUGGAAGACGAGAAAAUGGGACUUUUGUUGAAUAUAACAGAAGAGUUCCUCCUUCUGUGACAUCUGCAGGAAGACUGAUAAAUAAAGCAGACCACAUAUCUGACUUUAUAUUUACUGUAAAGGUUAUCUCCUUGAGUUAUAUGUUUUUUGUUAUGUCUGCAGUCUUUCUGAACCCUCAGUCAACUUGACCUUUGUGCACUCAUGGGUCCGACUAACUGAAUAUAAAGAUGGUCUAGCACUGUU